ACUGAAUAUAGGAUCAUUUGGAAUCUCCAUGCCUAUUUUCUAAAACGAUUUUUUUUAGAAAUAAAUCUUUAUGACCCUCCUGAACUUUCAUUUCUCUCUGGCAUUUAAUAUUUCUUUUUUUCAGUGGGUCAACAGGAAAGCCCAAGGGGGUGAUGCACACUGUCGCAGGCUACAUGCUUUAUGCUGCAACUACUUUCAAAUAUGUGUUUGACCACAAGCCUGAAACGGACAUAUUCUGGUGCACAGCUGACAUUGGAUGGAUCACUGGUCAUACUUGCGUUGUCUAUGGUCCUUUACUCAAUGGCGGAACUUCUGUUUUUAUUGACCGCAGAAUGCUUGAUAUUGGCCCAAGGCCAUUGGUACCCGGUCAGCCGCCAGCCAGUCAAUUCACGGUCGCGCACCCGCCAGCCAUCAAACGCCAGUCCCUCCAAUUGCCAGCCAGGGCAGUGCUUGGUAUCUCCAAUUCCCAGCCCACCAAACCGCAGUCCGGUCACCCGAUUGUCGAGGCACCCCAACAAUCGGGAAACCAUUCUGCUUCCCAAAGACUGGAAAGACACUGCAACCAGGAUUUUAGAAUCAAUGGGAUCCUAGUCACCCGAUUGUUGGGGUGCCUCGACAAUCGGGUGACCGGACUGUGGUUUGGUGGGCUGGGAAUUGGAGAGACCAAGCACUGCCCUGGCUGGCAAUUGGAGGGACCGGCAUUUGACGGCUGGCGGCUGGAAGGUGUGCCAACACAUCCCCAUGGGGGUCGGAUUUGGGAUAUUGUUGACAAAUAUGGAAUUACGCAUUUGUACACUGCGCCAACUGCCAUUCGGUUACUCAUGAAGCUCGGAGAUGCACUUGUCAAGAAAUAUUCUAGGAAAUCUCUGAGGCUUCUGGCCACUGCUGGCGAGACCAUAAACCCUGCUGCUUGGCUCUGGUUCUAUGAAGUGGUUGGUGAAAAACGGUGUCCUGUAGUGGACACAUUUUGGCAAACAGAAACCGGUGGCCCCAUGGUCACUUCUUUGCCUGGUGCACAUCCAGCCAAGCCUGGUUCUGUUGUAAGAAGGAAAUCCACCUCAUCCAGAGGUGGUUCAUUGUGCAAAAAUCUGUUGCACAGGAGGUCCAUUGUGCGGGGAAGGAAAUCCACCUCAUCCAGAGGUGGUUCAUUGUGCAAAAAUCUGUUGCACAGGAGGUCCGUUGUGCGGGGUGCUCGCAGGGACGAAGACGGCUACAUUUGGAUGACAGGUCGGAUCGACGACAUGCUCAACGUUUCCGGCCACUUGUUGUCCACGGCGGAAGUGGAGUCCUGUCUGGCCGGACAUCCGGACAUUGCGGAAGCUGCAGCCGUGUCCACGCCACACGUGCUCAAGGGCGAGAGUAUCUACUGCUUCAUCACGCCGAAAGAUGGCGUUGCGUUCGACGACCGCCUCGUCGCCGCCCUCAAGGCCAGAGUAGAGGCACAUAGUGCGGAUUCCGCCAAGCCAUCUACUUCAAAUACCAGUGCAAACGGAAACAAAACAACCAACAUAACUCCCAUAAUGGAACCAAGACCCAUCAGGCUGAGCAAAACCCCAAUUGUGAGAAUGGUUCGUAAGGGUGACAAGGCAUAUGAUGAGUCAAAUCUGGAUAUGAAGCUUAAACUUUUUGAUGAAGCAAUAGAAGCUGCUACGGAUAUACAUUCCUACCUUGAGGGAAUACAAGUUGAUUAUCUGGAAGAAGGGGACGCUCACAAAAUAAUUAAGCUCAAAGGGGAACUGAACAUACUGGCAACUCAUAACUCGGACUCUCUGGCUGAAGAAUGGCAACUUGCCAGACCAUCGCAAAAAACGGUCUUGGGUGUCCAAUUUCCGGACUUCAAACCCCAUACUCCAAGAGCCUCCGAAAUUCCUACCAACAAUAAGGAAAAGGGUAAGAAUGCAAAUGCUCCCGCUAAAGACGAAGAAAUCGACUAUGACGAAGAGUCUGCGGUCCAACAAGAGAUAAAGGCAUAUGCCACUGGACAGUCUAUCCUGAAAGGUGAAACAUUGACAGUGUUCAUCCAAAAUUACCAGCGCAUCGAAAUGAAAACGUUUUGCAAAUUCAAACCUGAGGGAGAUAUUGAUCAAGAUUUUGACCGAGUAUGGUCCUACUUCAAGCCUAUUCACUUGGCCCCAGUGACGGAUUUCACUCCCAAGGAAAGGAUAAGGUUGUAUCUGCUGCACUUUCACGAAGACGCACUGCAACCUUUGAGAGGGCUGGAUCGCAAGACCAAAGAAAGAGAUUACCUAAACUUGGUCAGGAAGACGUUCUACACCUUUGGAAAGGUCGAGGUGAAUAAUCUAAAAAGGGGCAAGCUGUACAAAAUCUUGAGGCCAUCUGUGCCAAAUGAAGACAAACUCCUAUGGAAAAGCGAUCCUGAGGAGAUGUACUGGUGGUACUGGAGAGAGAUCAACGAAAGCGCAUCUCAGGACGAGAAAGAAAAUGCCUCCAGCAUUGGAGUAUACCGAGUUGGUAACAAGGCUCAAGAAAGCGCACCUCCAGUAAAACAAGCCCAAGAACCUCAGCCUGUCAAGAAGAUUGAAUCGACAACGGAAGAGGAAGAAUUUCAAGAACCUGCGCCAAAAAGGGAGAAAACUGAAAACUCCAACAGAGGAAGCGGUAGAGGAAACUACCAAGGUGGCACCAUCUCA